GCUCGUCGUGGCGUGGCUUAUGUUCAGCGAGCUAACGCCGCGUCCAACCAGAAGGUGUCGGUUGUUGUUUUUGUUAGCUCGGUCGCUAACCGACGUUAGCAUGACACACACACAGCUGGUGUUUCGGUUUAACGAGCGGCCGUGUUAACUGGUGACCGUUAGCUGGAAAGCGUCGACGGUUGCCGUAGUUACGACGGCCGUUAAAACACGAAGAGGUCAAACAAAACGCUAUAACUAAUUAAUACGAAUAAACUGUAACGUUAAUGAUAAAACAAACAAACAAAGAAAAGGCAUUCGUGAGCUUUUCAGCCUGUUUCAAACACCUGGCGUAACUACGGACGGUCGCCAAUUAACACGGUCGCUCGUUAAACCGUGACACCAUUCCGGUGUCAAAGUGACAGCUCGGUUCAUAGCAGAGGUCAGAGCUAACAUAACCCACCUUUACCCCCCCUUUUUAUUUUAUUUUUGUCAGACAAAAGAGGGAGCUGCUGUGCUUCGUGUGUUCACGGUCACCGUUAAUUCAUCAUGAAGCGGUAACGCUACAUGCGGCCGUGUUUUGGGAGUUGUUAUUAGGGUUUCCCUCCGCUCCUGUGCUCGGAAAGGGAAUCACAAGAUCUCCACAGGCUGUGAGGUAAGCUUGCUAUUUAAAGCCUGGGCUGCACGGUUUAGAUACAUGUUUACUACUACACUGCUGGGGCGCUUUUUGGUGCAUCACACCGACUCGUCACCGUCAGUCCAUUGCUGCAUGUCGGGAUAAUAACCAAUCCUCUCGGUCCCCGUCGUGUGGAGAAGGCGCGUACUUUUUUCCAGCCCGCCCCGCACAGCUCUCCUCAUUCCUCCCCCGUCCUGCCUGCCUGCCUGCCUGGUCCAAGCAUAUGUCAUUUUGCCUGCGCAGGAGAGGACAAUGAUACGAACAUGAUCAACGCGGAUGGCUUCUCAAAAUGCGAGGCGACUCUGCAAGACAGCAGCAGCAGGAGGAGGAGGCCACCCGCAGAGAUGCUCCAUCUGCUGUCAGCUGUCAUUGUUUGGCUGGUGACAGGAACCACCAUCUCCAGCCUCAACAAAUGGAUAUUCGCUGUUUACAACUUCAGGUACCCUCUUCUCCUGUCAGCGCUGCACAUGCUGACGGCCAUAGUGGUGGACUAUGGGCUGAUCAAACUGAGGGUGGUCCGUCACAGAGGGUCCGGAGAGCAGGACCUGACCCCGAGCGCGAAAUGUAAAGUGUUCCUGUUGAGUCUGACAUUCUGUGCCAGCAUCGCCUUCGGGAACAUGGGUCUGAACUAUGUCCAGCUGUCGUUCGCACAGAUGAUCUAUACCACCACGCCGCUCUUUACUCUGGCCAUCUCUACGCUCAUCCUGGGCAAGCAGCAUCACAUCCUCAAAUACACGGCCAUGAUGCCAAUCUGCCUGGGAGCCUCCUUCAGCAUCAUGGGAGAGGUCCAGUUCGAUCAGACCGGCUGCUUCUUUGUGUUCGCAGCAACCAUGUUGCGGGGUGUCAAGUCCAUCCAGCAGAGCAUCUUACUUCAGGAGGAGAAAAUCAACUCCGUGUUCCUGCUCUACCUGAUGUCCAUUCCUAGCUUUUGCAUCCUGGCCGUGGCGGCUCUGGCUUUAGAAAACUGGGCUUUGCUGGAGUCACCGCUGCAUUACGACCGCCACCUGUGGGUCUUCAUCUUGCUCAGCUGCCUGGGCUCGGUCAUGUACAACCUGGCGAGCUGCUGCGUCAUCACACUCACCUCCGCCGUCACUCUGCAUAUCCUCGGCAACCUGAGCGUGGUGGGGAACCUGCUGUUGUCUCAGCUGCUUUUCGGCAGUGAGUUGUCUGCCCUGAGCUGCGCAGGCGCCGUGCUGACAUUGUCCGGCAUGCUCAUCUAUCAGAACUCUGAAUUUAUCGUCAGCUACAUGGAUGCACGCAAGGCCAAAGCAAAAAAAUCCGUAGAGGUGGAUUUUCACACCACCAGUGGAGCGGACAUGGACAAAGCUAAUGCAUCUGAACCAGCGUAUCAUCAGCAGAGAGUGGACGGGAAACAGGAAGACAAGAUAGACUGAAGUGAAGGGAUGAAUAAAAUGUUGAAAAUGAAGCGUGAGUGCUCUACCCUUUGUGUCUUUCAAAGGGUCAAGAGCAGCAGAGAGAGAGUGACCUUAUAACGUCAUCGUCACUGAUGACGUGACAGAUUUCUUUUUGGGGUUUUUUUAAAACUUCCUCACUGUGCCAAUUUCUUUCCCCUCUGGUCACACAGAAGUGGAGUCUGCAGAGAGGAAAAGGUUGCCUUCAUUUAUCACAGUGACAGCUUCCUUCAUCUGUAAAUGGCGCAUACUUAGCCUAUAGUGGUAUAUGCAUGCAUGAGCACACUAAAACUAUCUGAUACCUCGUGAGGUAUUCACACUGUCACUCACACUACUCCACUGUGAAAAUGUUCUCAUUUACAGAGGGCACUAAACCAUGUUUUGGGUGGGCCGUCCUGGAUAUUGCAGGUCGCAGAGAGCCUCAUGUGACAUUGAGGUGGGGCAGGCCUUAGUGAGUAGUCUGCCUCAAAUCUGAACGGGCACAAUUUGUAUGAAAAAUAUAUAUAUUACUAGUACUGUUACCUGACAUUCACCUGGCCCUGUCAUGGUAAGGGACUGGGUUUUAGGCAGCUUUUAUUCUUUUGGUAUGUGAAGCAGGAAGCUUGUUAAGAGGCAGAAGUUACAGUGGCAGCCAAAGCUAAUAUUUCAGUGCAAUGAGACGCCUCUUUUCCUCUACUGAAGCACAUUUUUAAUAGGAGGCUGUGUUUUUGUCCAUCCCCCCUAUGAACCACAGUGUGGCUUCCCACUUAAGCCCUAGAUUUUAUUCUCAUACCAGCUUGAAAAGAUGGUCUCUGUAGAAUUAGUCCAAUUAUUUCCAUCUUUUACAACGGCGCGCUCCCUGCGACGUUCCUCCUCGAUAAUUAGGUUCACGAGUUCUCUAAGGAGUGUCACUCAACUUUAGCUUUCAAACCCCCCGUGGAGGAGAUGUAAGGAAUGGAAAUUCGAGGUGUCCUCUAAGGUUGCUUCUUGAAUCCUAACCAGCGUCCUCUGGUUUAAUUUUUCCCUUUUUUUUUCUGAGUGCAAUUUUUAAAUUAGUUGACUGACCUCUGCUGGACAGUGUUAUGUUUUUUUCGCUCAGUAUUUUAAAAAAGUUCAUUUUAUUUUGUGACAAAACAGAUUUUAUUCCCCUUUUUAAUGUGUACAUGAAAGAAGAUAUUUAUUUUUUUGAACGGCCAUAGCGAGCACUGGCUCUGUAACGCUGUAGAUUUUGGUCCUCAAGUGUCUUGCACAUGCAUACAUGUAAUACGGGACGGCACUAGUCUCUCCUGUCCUCUCUCUCUGAAGAGAAAAGUCAGGUACACUAGGCAGAGAUCUGCAUGCCGCUCCUGAAAACAUCGUAACUGAUCCUGGAUGCUCCUGCUUGUUCUCUCCUGUUUCACCUGUUUGAUAUGCCAAAUGUUUACUUUGAAACCUUUUUUUCUUUUGUCAGGCUGUGUUGUCAUACCGGUUCGGUCAGUAACCAGACACGCUUCACAUCCAGUUUGAGCUUUCACAACAUUAAACAACAAAGCCAUAUGCCAAGUUAAUCUCAUGACACCCCAACCACAUUUUCUGGAUAUUUUGCCACAAGAAUAACUGCAGGUGGGAUCGUUGGAAGAUUUUACUUCAUGCAUAAACACUUCAAAUGUGCCAUUCUUGUAAUUUUAUUUAUUUUAUUCUAUCACAUGACUCUUUAAGUUCAUAAAUCCAGUCAGUUGAAAAUCCGGUUUUAUUUUGCAGUCGGUUGGUUUAAUAUUUCAAAAUAAUACUCAUUAUGUUGUCAGUGAUCUUCAAUAACAGGGUUAAAGAUUAUGUACAGCAGAACAUUUCACUGGUUUUUACAUUAUUGAAUACCUCAGCUGUUUAAAUAGGACUUGUUAUGCCCUUGUGUUCACUGAUUAUUAACUAUUGGGCUGAGAUCAAGCAGCUUUUGAACAACUACAAUAAACCAUCAGCAUGUGAAUGAUGGAUUUUUAUUGUGUUCAGUAGAGAAGAGUGAUCUGAUCGACACAUUUUCAAACACUCGUGUUGAUGUAUGAUCGGAGCAGCGUCAGCGGACCUUGUUUAGUUUUAUAACCUCUGUUAAACUUGUGGAUGUUUGGCUGCGUAUUCUCAUUUAUAUCAUGAGUAGAUUUUAUGUGUGGGGCAAAGCAACUGUUGCACUGACGAGGUACGAAGACUCUGCCCUCAAAGCAUACAGUCCUGUGUACAUACUGGUUUUGAUCGUUUGCAAAGCUAGUCGGGUGUAAAUAGUUAUUUUAUUUUAUUAUAUUUAUGUAUUUUAUAGUCAUGUGUGGCUGGUUUAAGGAUGAAAAGUUUGCCUCUUGCCUUAUUGGGACAUAAUGUAGAUGAGUAAGGGGUGAUCUGAUUUGUCAUUUUGUCAAAAAAACAACUUUGGUUAUUAUUCUAAAUGCCAACGGCAGCAACAGGUGCUUCUGUUUUGGGCUAAAGAAAUGGACGAUCCAUAUACACAUGAUCUGCAAUUGCUUGAAUUAAAAAAUAAAUGGACCGGUACAAUAAAUAAUAACAAAAUCAACCACCUCA